AUGGAAGCACGGAACGCUGAUGGUCGUACACCUUUGCAUGUGGCAACCAAUCUGAAUGCUGCUCGUGCUCUUUUGGAUCGAGGUGCCGGUUUGGAAUCAAGGGACAACAAUGGCAAUACACCUUUGCAUAUUUCAUGUUCCGAAGGCAAGAUGGAUUUCGUUCGUCUGCUAUUGGACCAAGGAGCUGAUUUGGAAGCGACGAACAAUAUGGGAUGCGGACCGUUGCAUUUUGCAGCUGUCGCCGGGUGUAUCAAUGCUGCUCAAGUCCUCUUGGAUCGGCGUGCUGUAACAGAUGCCACGACACUUGCCAGGACAACACCACUUUUCUUCGCAUGUCAAAAGGGCCGUGUGGAGAUGGUCUGGCUGCUUGUGAGGCAAUAUCCAUGGCUUAUUGAUGGACAGACAUACAGUGAUGCAAGUAAUCGCAAUCCUAAUGCCUGUCACUAUAGUACUGCAUCGUAG